AUGCAUGUCUUACUUCACUUGCAGGGAUAUACGACACCACGUGAGUUCAUUGCAUGUCAAGGUCCAAAUGUUGCGUCAGUCAAUGAUAUGUGGAGAAUGAUCUGGCAGGAAAAGUCAACGAUAAUUGUGGUUGUUACGAAUGUUUUUGAAGGAACCAAGCGAAAAUGUGAGCAGUAUUGGCCAGAAGGAAAUGAUGGUAAACGAUACGCAAACAUUAAUGUAGCAAACGCUGGAGAGACCAAGUAUGGACAUUUUGUGGUUAGAAAUCUACAACUUCAGAAGGUUGGGACGGAAGAGGUACAUAAUGUAUUUCAAUAUCAUUUCACUGAUUGGCCAGAUAAGAGUGUUCCCCACGCUGUUCCACACUUGAUUGACUUCAUCUAUGCGUUUAGGACAGCACAGCAGAAUUCUCCAAGCAACAGUGGACCAGUCAUAGUACACUGCAGACUUUAAACAGUAUAUAUCCGCAUCCUACUGAUGAUGAUCGUACAUCACAUGCCAGGCUUCCCGACAACAUAUUGAAGAAUCGUUCCAAAGUUGUCCUACCAUUAAAUAAAGCUCGUCCUUUCUUGAUGACUCCAUGCGCCAACGGAAAUGAUUACAUCAAUGCAUCAUUCUGCGACGGCUACAACAAGCAAAACACAUUUAUUGUUGCCCAGGCUCCAAUGUCUGAGCCUACCAACACAACUGUUGAUUUUUGGCGUUUAGUGUUAGAUUACAAGGCGGACAUAAUCGUACAACUGAAUAACAAAGAUGAAACUUGCGCCGAAUACCUUCCUCAACGGAUGAAUAAAGAGCUGAAGAUUGAUAAAUUUACCAUUAGCAUCAUGUCGUCUGAGCAGAACGACUUAUUGAUCGAACGGAAAAUCAUGCUACAGAAGGACAAUGAUGUACAAGAGAUUCUGCACUUUGAGUUUCGGCAGUGGUCUAAGGCAGAACCUGUUCCAAAGGUUGACUCAUUUGUCAGAUUUAUUGCAGCCGUUCAACGUGGUCACGUUCCUCAAAGUAACCGGCCAAUCAUCAUUCAUUGUCUGGAUGGUGCGGUUCGAUCAGGAUUGUUCUGCUCCGUUUAUUCAAUAAUCGAUAAAAUUAAAGAAGAGAAAAUUGUGGAUGUAUUCCAAAUACUGAAAACCUUGCGAUCAGUUUGCCCUGCAAUGGUGAACACUAAGGUGCAGUAUAGAUUUUGCUAUGAUGCAGCGCGGUGUUACCUUGACGGAUUUGAAGCUUAUGUCAACUUUUAGUUAUAUCAAAAUCCAUAUGUUACUCAGAAGACACAUUUGAUAGUCAUAAAUUUAUUUGUUAAAUUGGAUAAGUAUUAUCAGUUAUUAAAAAAUUAUUACUCAUAAUAUCCUUGUUUUCACACCAAACUGCAAGAAAAGUUCAACAAUUACAGAAUGCCAACAAAUGCAAUAUCUAUUGUCAUGGAAAAUGCCUCUUUUAACAUUUACAAAUGAACUUAUAAUAUUACAAUACAAAUCUGUUUCCAAACAAUUCUAAAAAAUAAGUGGCACACGCCAUGUAUUCAAGCAAUAACAAAUCAAAGUAAUGAAAGGUAUAGGAAGAAGCAUGCUAUCAUGAUUUAGGCUCAGUCAGCAACAUUUUACUUCUAAGGACCCAUAGUUGGCCUAGCUUCCCACCACCCAAGACUUCAAGUUAUCAUAGAAAUGUUGUCUAAGAUAUAAAAUAUACGACCAAUGUAAUACAGUAGCACCCCCUACUCUGGGA